AUGGUUAAAAUAUCGCUCACUAUUCGAGUGAACGAUGUUUUGCAUGAAUUAGUGCACGAAAAUAAGCGACUAUUGAAUGAGUUAUUGGUUUCCAACAAAUGUCUCAUUAAAUUGAAGACACAUUUGACUGCAAUUUACGAGAGGUUUGAGACUAAUAUAACGCCAGAAGACCGACAAGUGUUGAGUGAUGUCCAGCAGGAGUUGGAUGCAGUGGACCACCGAUCCAGUGAUGAUCGUAUGGACGGUGAGUGUUCGCUACCAUCUGCACUACGGCUUCUGCGCGACUUCUCAUGUGGUUAUUUACCAAGGGUUAACCCCAGUGCUUCUUCUGUUGUUUGCGUUGCAAAGCCGCUAAAAACAUUACUUCUGAGCCUGCUCCAGUAUGUGAAACGCAAACCCCUUUUGGCUGCAAAUAAAAGCGGCAAAAGUUUGACCGAAAAUAUUGGCGACGAUUACAGCGACUGUAAUAAAGUUGCGAAACAAGUGAAGAAAAUGAGGCGUAAAGUGAAGAGAGUUUAUACGUUAGACACGAAUAUAAGGCCAUUUAAAUGUGAUUACAAUGGCUGCGAAUAUAAGUCUAAAACAAAGGGUAUAUUGAAGACUCACAUGAGAGUGCAUGUAAACAACCCUGAUAAGGUUGUGGUGAUUCCCCCAAACUACUCAUAUUUGAGACAAUGCUACGAUUUAAGGACCAAUUCAUACAUUUGCCCAGAGAUUGGGUGCCAAAAGAGCCUGGCUAACUAUGACGGAAUAAAAAUACACACCAGAGAUGUUCACUCGACGCGAUCGUUUGCGUGCGAUUACCCCGAGUGUCACAAAAGUUUAUUUAGCGCUGUUGACAAUCCAAAUGUGUUUUACGAAGUGUUGGGCUCAUUCGCUAAGUUCACAGGCGUGUCGCUGACGCCGAUGCUUUGCCGGCAGUCUAGAUUAGACUUCGGAGUGAGGCAUUCAAGCGAGAGAUCGUAUGCGUGUCCAGUAGACGGCUGUCCGAAGGCGUUCAAGUGCUCGCGAACUCUGUUGGCGCACUCAGUGGUGCACAAGAGUGAGGCGACCAUCAGGUGUACCGUCGAUGGCUGCGCGCAACUGUUUCGGCGAUACUCUCAGAUGACAAGGCAUAGGGUUGUUGUGCAUAAUUUCGCGCCUUAUGUGAGGCCUAACCCCAAGAGGAGGAUUAAGUACGCGUGCGAAUGGCCCGGAUGUGACUAUAAGGGCACUACGGAUCGGCUGAAGUUACAUAAGCUGACGCACACGGGGGAGAAGCCGUGUGCGUGCGAUUGGCCGGAGUGUGGCAAACGGUUCGCGACGCCUAAGUGUUUGAGAGAUCACAAGAAUAUUCACUACAAUAGGAAACCAUAUGCGUGUCAUUGGCCCGGAUGUGCCUAUAGGUGCAUCUUUCCUGUCAUACAUAUAGAGGUGUUUACGGAUAGGUCUUCAGCUGAACGUGAAGCGAUGGCCGCCAAACGGAUCACCCAAUCGGCCAUUGAUUGGACCAAAUUCGCGCAGAUUGUGCCCAAGACUGAGCGACAGAUGUUCAACGCAUUCAAAGCCAAGUCCGACGGUUACCUCCGAAGGAUGCUGUCAUACCCGGAGACGGCGCCGAAGAUCGAUUGGGCCUAUUAUAAGCAGAACAUCACCGCCAAGUCAGUGGUGGACCAGUUGGAGGCGUCCUACAAGGCGUUGAACAUCACGUACCCCGUGGACAAC